AUGUCGCAAAGAUUCGGCACCUCGUCACUUCACCAGCGCGAUCCUCGAAGCGCACUAUUUGCUGGAUACACAGGCGAUCAUUCAGGGCGGAAUACGCCCGCCAGCCCGAGUAGUGGCUAUGGAUAUCCGGGAUCGGGCAGCCACCUCGGGGUAGACAACAGGGCGGGUUAUCGACCGGCUACGCCCAACAGAAAAGGGCAAUACAGCGAUGCCGUCCUGAACGAGCUGGAGAGCCAGAAUGACGACCAGGUAACCGGAAUCCUGGGCAAGGUUAGGGUGCUGAAAGAUAUGACUUCGGCCAUCGGCGAUGAGAUCCGCGAGUCGUCUGCGCUGGCAGACAAGAUGAACGACACCUUUGACCAGACCCGAGUACGACUUCGAGGAACGAUGAACCGGAUGCUGCUGAUGGCACAGCGGUCAGGCAUCCCCUGGAAAGUCUGGCUGUUGUUCUUCUCCGCCGUCAUCUUGCUGUUCAUCUACGUCUGGCUUUUCUGA